CUCGUCAUUAAAGGUCACUUUUGGUUUCUGUCAAUAAUCAUUCUUGUCACUACAUCAUCAUUUUUGCUAAUCUCGACUCAUAACCUCAAGAAAACAUCGUUUAUAGAAUUUUUUCAUUGAAAUGUUGUAAGAUGAUACAUUCAUGGAAUUCAAACAAACCAGAAAGAGGAGGCUUGUGUUUGUGAGAUUUCUCAUCGCAAUUGAAGUUAAACACUUCUAAACCGUUUUAAACAUGAAUAAUCAAUAUAAUUAUCAAGCCGACGAUCGGAUUCGUCAGCAACAGGCUAAAGUUCAGGAGGUUGUUGGUAUAAUGAAAGACAAUGUGAAUCUCGUAUUGGAAAGGGAAACUCGUUUAGCAGAAAUCGACACUCGGGCUGGUACGAUGAAUUACAAGUUCAAUCCAAACAGUUUCAGGCAGUUGCUGGUCGUGUACGAAGAAAAUACUUUUGGCAAAAUAUGAAGGUAAAUUGACAAGGCGAAAGAAAAUUAAUGUUUCGUUAACGAUAAGUUAAUGGAUUUUCUAUACCUAAAUGUUAUUGGAUGAUAAACAUUUUCUAUUUGUCUCGAAAAAAAGCUACUGUACUACUGUUGCCAGAAAAACAAAAAUGUAAAAGUAGAUAUGAUGGAUUGACUGGGUAAAUGGACACAAAGAAUUCGACUGGUAAGGUUAGCAAACUCUAUUCCAAACAAGUCGCAUAUUCGUCUUAAUGUUCGUAACAAGCUAUUAAUGUAAAAACGUUUUAUGCUCUCUGGCUAUCACAGAACCAAUUUUUCUAACGGUACGUUUUUGCCUUAUGCACAGGUGGUUUCAUUAAAGGUUUGUAAAGGCGAUCACUUUUCGGAAAGUAACUAAUUCAGUUUUAACACCUCGAUAUUAUCUUAACCUUCACUUCACGUAUAACAUUUGGAAAUAAGAAAUUUAAAUGAUUCGCCUUUCAAAUAUAUCCUUACGUACUUCAAUAAUUUUAUUUUAAACUCGAUUUCUGUUAUCAUCUUAUAUAUUUGCGCAAUUCUACAUGCACUUUCUUUAUGCUCCUUCUCAUCUUAAUUUCAGUCUUUACCCCUGUAGCUUGUAUCUGUUGAAUUUCUGAUUCAUCUAAGAAGUUUACAAAUAGUUUCUUCUUGAAUGUAGUAUUUCAGUCGUGUAAUCGACGUCGUUAUCCUGUAAUCACAUGUUUCGUCGAAACUUUUCACUGAUUCUGAAAAUACCUAGGAGAUUUAUUGAUAUCAUGAAACCUCCAUAAAAAACGAAAUCAGGUAAACUGAUCAUACACAAUCACUUCACGUACAUUAUUUCAAGUCAUGAGUCAACUUCUGUAAGGCUAUUUACUCUUACCAUCCCUCCUCAACUUUUCAUCGAUAGCAUUGUGAAAACAGCUCUUAAUAAAGUAUGUAGUAAUGGUUUAGUUUUGUUAACAAAGUAUGUAGAUAACAAGUUCUUUCUGUACAAUGUUUUGUAGCCUAUAUGAAUCGCAUUUUAUUAGCUGGCGAUAAUCGUCUCUGAGUAUAAAUUAUACUCUAUUAUAUCAAAAUGCUUCUAAGUGGAAGAGAUGAACUGUGUCUGUUCUUAUACUCAAGAGUAAACUGUGAUAAAUAUUUGAACUGUUUUUGCAUUUGAGUACUUGCACGGACAGGUGGUCUAGCAGAAGUUAUUGGUCUACGUUUAUCGAAAAAAUGAGCAACUCAUCAGUUUAAAUCUUCUUUGAUGUUGUUCCGAAGUCAGUUUGAUCAUAAAUCAUUGGGUGCAUAACACUGCGUCACAAGUAGUUUCGCCCUGUGACUAUGAAGCCUAUUCUCUCUGGACUGAGAAUGUUCAAGAAAAUGUGUUUCCACUUAUCAGUUUUUUAAGUAAUAAUCUUAAUCAGCGACAAAACGUUUAGCAAUACUGAAGUUCGCCAGCGAGUUUUCGUCAAAAAAUGAUUAUCACUAUUCUGUCGGCGAUAUCAUCAUGAAUUUAUUUGAUUCAUGACGUUUCAUUGGCUUAAAUAUCAAACACAUACCCUGGUACGACCGAAUUUGGGGAGAGUCCACUCUCCCCCUCGAAAUGCUUUCACAUGGCCACGCGCAUAAAACCACUUCCAGAAUAGUCCUACUCACUUCCUUCUCAUAGCGGGUGUGUUGUUUACGCAAUUGAGAGAACAAAACGUGAAUGUCCGGCGCGUUAAUUGGAAUCGUGGAUACAAAGGAUCCACCUAGAGAAGUUAUAAAACCCUCUAAGCAAUGAGCAAACCUCGUAGUCAGGUACUCGAACCCUUACGUGCUCACUGACUUACGUUAAUUUUAAAACGUAAGCUCAAGUAAUCUCAUUUGUGAAUAAUAUACAAUUCUGCUUAUUUAGUUAUAAGUAACUAUGUUGUGCAGUUUGACAUAUUUCCUUCCUUAACAAACCGAUAUUUUGUAAAUUUACAUUUCUUAGAGUUAUCAUUUUAUUUCUGUUUCUGACGACUAUUGAUCAUAAACAUUGUCGCUGAAUCAAUAAACAGAGAGCAUUACAGUAUAAAAUUUUUCUAUGAUUGGUUUAUUAUGUAGAAUGUUUUAAUUGAUCUGUGUGUUUGUUUAUAAGUUGCGUAUGCAUCUGCUACUCUAAGUUACUUUUUAUGUCAGUAUGCUUAAAUGACUUAUUUAGGCGCCAGAUUCAUAGGGCUUUUUUUCUUAAUUUAGUAAAUGCAAUCCGUACAUGUUGAUUGAAUUAUGUUAAACUGUAAAACGUCUAGUUACAUAGAAACUUAGUUAUUUCUGUUUGUAGAUGAAAAUUAGAUGGACUAUUUGGUCUUAGAUUUAUGCAGUUAGAAUUUUCUCAGAACCAAAGAUAUUUUUCUGCUGGAUUAAUCUCAUAGGAAAUCCUAAUGCUUAAUAAAAUCGUCGACACUCCUUUUGGGAACCAAGGUGGAUUCUCUCACAGCGGAGAGAUCUUAGUCUACUGGAAUUAAUUUUAAUCAUACUUUCUUUUCAACCGAACAGAUUCAGUAUUGAAUAAAAUGUUCCCCUUUUUGUUAAAAAAACAUUUACAUAUACUUCAUUAGAAUGUUGCAACUCAACUAAUUCCGUUUCUAAUUCGUAUUACCUUACAAGUAAUAAUUAGUGUAUCAUAAUGACUUAAACAAUACAACAAAUACGGUUAACAGAGCAAUUGCUUACGUACAAUUAAAA